AGAGGCCACACCCCUUUGAGGCUCUGUGUGUGUGUGUGUGUGUGUGUGUGUGUGUGUGUAACCACUACUAUCCCUGUGUGUGGACUCUGGUCUUUCUCUGCUUGUGUGAGGAGACACACUUUACCACAACUAUGGACCAGAGUUUGGUGGUUCCUGCCGUGGUGGCUGUAUCUGUGGUGGUUGUGACAGUGCUCUACUUUGUCCUGAACGGUUCCACUGGGGAGAAGAAGAAGAAACUACCAGUGACUCUGCAGGAUCCUAUGGUCAAAUAUCCUCUGACUCUUAUAGAGAAACAGGAAAUCAGCCAUGACACAAAAAAAUUUCGCUUUGGCCUUCCCUCCUCAGAUCAUAUCCUUGGACUGCCAGUGGGUCAACAUGUGUACCUUUCAGCUAAAGUUAACGGUUCUCUGGUGGUCAGAGCCUACACUCCAGUGUCCAGUGAUGAGGACCAGGGAUAUGUGGACCUAGUGGUAAAGGUUUACUAUAAGAACGUCCACCCGUCCUACCCUGAGGGAGGGAAAAUGUCUCAGUACUUGGACAACAUGUCCAUCGGAGACGCCAUCGACUUCAGAGGACCCAAUGGACUGUUGGUGUACAAGGGCAAUGGUCAGUUCUCCAUUCGUCCUGACAAGAAGGCGGAGCCAAAGGUUCGGAAGUUUAAACAUGUUGCAAUGAUCGCUGGAGGAACAGGUAUCACUCCGAUGCUGCAGUUAAUCCGCAGGAUCACAGCCGACCCCUCCGACAACACCAAGUGCUCCCUCAUAUUUGCCAACCAGACUGAGAAAGAUAUUCUACUGCGAGAGGAGCUGGAGGAGGUGAAGAAGAAGCACCCUGAGGUCAACCUGUGGUUCACACUGGACAGACCUCCACAAGACUGGAGCUACAGUUCAGGGUUUAUAAACCAUGAGAUGAUCGAGGAACACCUCCCUCCUCCGUCCAAUGACGUCCUUGUUGUCCUUUGUGGUCCUCCACCGAUGAUCCAGUACGCCUGUCUGCCCAACCUGGACAAACUGGGAUAUAAAACAGACAAUAUAUUUGCAUACUAGUGAUAGGUUUACCUUUGGAACUGCUUAUUUUCAUUAAAAAAAUAUCACAAACAGAGCUUUGUUUGUGGAGGUUGGUGUCAUUCUGUCCAAAAUCAGUGUCCUGUGUUGGUCUGAUGAUGAUAUUUUGUAUUUUGUGGCCAAUAUGUACAACUCUGUGAAAUAAAAAUGUAAUACUGUGUUGG